UAUGGGAUCGAUCAAAAAUUGAAUUUAGAAAUUAUCUUGAAAAUAUGGCUUAUUUUCAUUACCGUUGUGGAGAACGAAUAACCCUUAUAAAUGAAAACUGUACUGCUAUUAGAAAUGAAAGUGAAUUUGAUCAUGGAUUAGUAAUAUCUGCAGAACCACUAGUAAAUGAUGUGCUAUUUGAGAUAAAAAUUGAUAAAAAAGUAAAUUCUUGGUCUGGCAGUCUUGAAAUAGGUGUUGUAGAUUGCGAUCCGCUCCACUUUGACUUUCCACCUUGUGCUUCAAAAAUUCAGACAGGAUCAUGGAUAAUGUCUGGCACAUCGGUUUUUAAAAAUGGGGUAUGUCUUACAGAAGGAUACGGAGUAGACCUAGAUAAAUUGAAUCAAGACGACAAAAUUGGUUUAAUGAGAACUUCUGAAGGUGACUUAAUUUUUUACAUAAAUGGUGAAUCUCAAGGAGUAGGUGCAGAAGAUUUACCUAAUGUAGUACAUGCAAUAGUCGAUUUAUAUGGAAAAUGUGUACAAGUCAGCAUUACUAGCCCUGCUUAUCGAGAACAUAAUAAUGAUGACUGUUUAAGUGGAAGUUCAGUUUUGGCUAUAGAUAAUGAUAUAUUGAAUGUAACAUUAGGAGGAGAUUUGAGUGAACUCAGUAUGAGUAGUAGUAAUAGUUUGGAUAUCAGGAUGGACAUGAAUGUUAGUUUAAGCCUUCCUGAAGAAAGCUUAAGGCAAGAUAAGCUUAGAUUUCAUGAUCGAUGUGGUUCUCUUGUAAAAUUAUCUAAUGGCAGUCGAAGUGCUGAAAGACGACGUCCUUUAGAUGAAUUUAAUAAUGGAGUAGUUAUGACACAUCGUCCUCUUCGUGAUUCAGAGCUCUUUGAAAUACGCAUAGAUCGUCUUGUAGAUAAGUGGAGUGGAAGUAUAGAGAUGGGUAUAACUACUCACAAUCCAAAUACCUUGGUUUUUCCUGCUACUAUGACUAAUAUGCGAAGUGGUACAAUAAUGAUGUCUGGAUGUGGUAUACUAACAAAUGGCAAGGGUACAAGAAGAGAAUAUGGGGAUUUUAACUUGGAUGAAUUAGCUGAAGGUGAUCGAGUUGGAAUGAUGAGAAAACCUGAUGGAAAUUUGCAUUACUUCAUUAAUGGUUUAGAUCAAGGCAUUGCGGCUCAAAGAGUACCCACAACGGUGUGGGGUGUAAUCGACUUAUAUGGAAUGACUAUAAAGGUUUCUAUUGUUGAAAGAGAUGAACGAGAAGAACAAAAUUUAAUGACUAGGAAGAACACCAGAGACCAACAAAUAGUUGUUUUAGAUGCACAACCUCUGCCAGACUAUUAUGAUCGUUUAACAUUCCAUCCAAAUUGUGGUACACAUGCCCAGGUGAUUAACAAUGGACGUACUGCCCAUAGGCCAAACGCAGCUGAUGAUUUUAACAAUGGGGUAGUACUCACCGCUCGACCAUUAAAAACUGGCGAGUUAUUUGAAGUCAGAUUGGAUAGAGUUGUUACAAAAUGGGCCGGAUCCAUUGAAAUUGGUGUAACCUCUCAUAGUCCUGUGGAUCUGGAAUUUCCAUUUACAAUGACUAAUGUUAGAUCAGGUACUUGGAUGAUGACUGGUAGUGGAAUAAUGCACAAUGGAACUAUAGUGCUUGAACAGUAUGGCGUCAAUUUAGAUCGUCUGCAAGUAGGUGAUCGAGUUGGGGUGUUGCGAAAAGAAAAUGGUUUGCUGCAUUUUUUUGUUAAUGGCAUUGAUCAAGGUAGUGCUGCUUCUAAUGUACCUGAGAAAAUAUAUGGAGUAAUAGAUUUAUACGGCCAAGCAGUGGAAGCUACAAUUAUCGACAUGUAUGACUAUGGCUCCCCUGAUACCAUGAAUUCUAGUAUAUCAAAUACAACACUGUAUAGUGAUUUAAGGUUUCACCAUGUUCAUGGGAAAAAUGCUAGAAUUGUCAAUAAUGGAUUAACAGCUCUAAGGCCUAGACCAUUGGCAGAAUUUAAUGACGCUAUAGUGUUUUCAAAUAGACCUUUAAGAGACGGUGAAUUGUUUGAAAUUUCUCUUGAUAGUAUUGUGGAUAGAUGGUCUGGAAGUAUAGAAUUAGGAGUUACUGCAGUUCGUCCUGAUGAUAUAGAGUUGCCAAGUACUGCUACAGACUUGUGUCGCGAUACUUGGAUGUUAAGUGGAUCAUCGGUAAUGAUAAAUGGAAAAACCAUUAAAAAUAACUAUCCAUGUGACUUGGACACACUUACAGCUGGCAUAAGGUUAGGAGUUAUGAUAUCAGCUGACAAAUCCUUAGAAUUCUAUAAAGAUGGAGUUCCACAGGGUGUUGCAUGCGUAGUUCCACAUAACAAUAUAUAUGCAGUAGUAGAUUUAUAUGGACAGUGUUCACAAGUUAGCAUACCUUGCAGUUCACCACUAGCGCCUCUUGCUUCAACAGGCAUAGAAACCUCACACAGAUCUGAUACUUCAGCAUCUCUUCAAGCUACAAGUGUUGUGCAACCAGCUGUUGAGGCAGAUUUACAUAGGUUUUCAGAAUUUCACGGGAAAGGCGUAGUUUUGAAUGAGUGUGGCAGGUUGGCUUCAAAAUGUAAAGAUUUCAGUAGUUGCAUUAUAUUCAGUGCUACACCUUUAUGUCAAGAUGAAAUGUUUGAAGUUGCUUUAAUGACUUUAUGGAAGCACAUGGCAGGCACUUUUUCUGUGGGAGUUACCACAUCACUUCCUUCUGUGUGUAACAGCAUACCAAGUGAUUCUUAUUAUCUGACUGGAAAUGAACUACGUCAUAAAAACAAAAUAGUACAGUUUUUCACGCCUAGUUUGAACUGGUUAAAUUGCGAAGAUAGGAUAGGACUACUGAAAACACAUGAAGGAAACAUAAAGGUAUUCAUCAACGGGGAAGAACUGUCUAUAAAUUUCCCACCUUUAGCAGAUUCAGUAUAUGCAAUAUUUGAUUUGAGAGGUUCUUGUUGCGAAAUAGCUGUAACAAGUCAUAAAGCUCCUUUAUCACCUUUAAACAGCAUAAGACUGCAAGACAGCUUAGAGCUAGUGCUGGACCAAGAGCAAGCACCAGAAUUGGUUGACUGUAAAGAUGGAAUAAAUGAAGUAAAAGACUGCUCUGUUACGUAUGAGUUUCAUGAUAAUCACGGGCGAAAUAUUGAGCUUAUCAGUAAUAAAACAGUUGCACAUAGAGUGGCCUCCUACAAUCAAGGCAUAGUUCUGAUCCAACAAUCCCUUGAUUGUAAUUCAGUGGUUCAAGUUGUAAUAGAACAAUUGGAAACACAUUGGCAAUCUUCUUUAAUAGUUGGGUUGACUGUUGGGCCUCUCGAUAGAUUAAAUUUGCCUGUUAAUGCGCUUUCGAUGAAAGCUCCUAGUUGUAUUGUAGCUGAAGAUUGGAUAUCUAUCAAUGGAGUGAAGUCACGUUCCAAUUAUGGCCAACGGCUCUGUUCACUGGCAGUGGGAGAUACUGUGGGGUUAGCUUUAACAGACACACAGUGUUUGAAAUUAUUAAUAAACAGUGAAGGAGAGGAAGUCUUGCAUUGGAGUAUUCCAUCUGGUCAACAAAUAUAUGCUGUGUUUGAUCUCUAUGGACAAUGUCAACAGGUAAGAAUUUUGAAUGAGGCUAACAGAGACGAAAGUACACCAACGACCAGUACAGAUUGUGAGAAGGCCGAUUUAGAAUCAUGUGAGAAGGAAAGGUCUGAGACAAAAUUAUCUUUACCCAUUCCAUCUGCUAGCACAAGUAUGACAAAUUCCACUUGUGUAAGAACUUCUGAUAAUAAUAGCCCAAUGAAAUGUUGCUCUUACAAGGAUGAAUGUGAUAAUUUCAAAAAGAAGCUAUUGUUGCCAGACAACUAUUUUAUCGCGGAUGAACAUAUCUGUUUUUGCCAAAAUUGCUACAAAGUAAAAUGCUCUGAAACAGAAAAAGACAAUUAUUUAUUAGGAUGGGUCAAAUUUCCUUUAAAAAAUGUAGCCAACAUUUCAACAGAUAAGUGGCAAACUGCAUUCUAUUUUACAAAACUGGGUGCCAUUAGAUGCAUAUUAGAUAGGGGACAGCUUUUAACUAAAGGUCAAUCAGAAUGGUGCAAUUUCACAGGACAAAAAGGGGAUGAUGUACAGGUAAUUUUCUAUCCAACAUUGCAGUCUGGUACUCAGAAAGGAUUCAAAUUAGAAAAUCAUAAGGAAGUUUUUGCAGCUUUUCAAAUAUUUGUAAAACCUGGUGCGUAUUCUGUAUCCAGGGAGACUGAAUUUGUUGAAUGGAGUACCAAAGAAUCUGGAGCCCUUGCUUUGAAUUCUUUAUUACUUAAAAUUUCAUAAUUAAUUGAAAUAUUAAACUAAAUGUAAUGAUCCCAAGUUUUCUCAGUAUAUAAGUCACUAUGUAUAGUUA